UGUUGUUUGAAAUACCUAAUUCACUUUUGUGGUAUUUUUUGGUGUGUUAUUACUUGUUAAGUUGGCUGCGAUUGGGCCGACUUCCUUUUCCGUGUUAGCUGUGAAAGAAAAAACAUGCCGCUAGCAAAAGAUUUAUUGCACCCUCUGCCCGCUGAGGAGAAACGCAAGCACAAGCUGAAGCGCUUGGUGCAGCACCCCAACUCCUACUUCAUGGAUGUCAAGUGCCCAGGAUGCUACAGAAUCACAACCGUGUUCAGUCACGCUCAGGGCGUUGUGGUUUGCGCUGGUUGCGCCACCAUUCUGUGCCAGCCAACUGGAGGACGCGCUAAGCUCACAGAAGGCUGCUCGUUCCGCAGGAAGCCACAGUAAUUUGGGAUGCGUCUUGAUGAACCACAAAUUAUUAAUUUUUUAAUAAACACUAAAAACGUAAAGAAACUACAAAAAAAAACAUUUGAGCCGUUUUCAUUCAAUUCAUGCCAAUCUUAUAGACGAUGCCGUCGAUGUUUUAUGCAAAUGGAGAAGGAUUCGCCAACAACAACAGCACACAGUCUAAAGUCUCUUGUAGAACAUUUCGGCAGCGGCAGCAGCAGCAACAAUUUAAUAUAUUAUUAAUAAGUAGUUUUAAACUGCAUUGAAUGAUUGAUGAGUUAAACUGGCUGUAAAAUAGAGAGAAAAAGCGUCCUUUUAAUAUAUGAUUUUUGCGUGUGUAAAAGCUGAAGCUUCUGAAGAACAUUAAAAAAUUAACGAUGUUGUGGUUAGCAAUGAGAA